CAUGCGCGCGGGUCGCAAGCGCGUCGCUUUGCUAAGCAACUACUAUCCCAAUUCCUUUUUCGUAUUCGAAAAAAAGAGGCAAUUAGUAAUUCCGUUUUCGAAUUACGAAUCGUUGUCAUGUGUUUAUUUUUAAAAAUUCAGUGGUCAGGCAAAGGAAACUUUUGCAAAAGUUUGUUUUAAAAGUUUUUCUUGGUUCGAUUUUUUUUGAGUUUGCACUUUGGAAAUGUUGUGUGAUUACAUUGUUAUGUUAUUGUUCGCUUUUGUGGUUAUUGUUUAGUGCUUGGUUUUCGAUUACGAUUUCCGUUACUGUUAUUGUAUAUUAAAUACCGCUCAAAGUUUCUUUUAUAAUUUGCGGUGUUACUGUGGAGUGAGUUUGGAGUUAACUUUUAAAAAGUGUAUAAGUGACGUUAGUUUAAAAGCACUAUGAAGUUACUCUGGAAAGUUUUGUCCACCCUACUUCUACUGGUCCAGGCAGUUCUCUGUAACUGGUGGAAUUUAGCAGCCGUCCGACCCAUCCAGGGUAAUAACAACUCAUCCCUAGAUAUCAUCACGGCGUUGCACAAGGAGAACUGCCACAGACUAGAGUACCUGGUCGAGAGGCAGAAACAAUUGUGUUUACUCUCUGACAAAAUGAUACAGGUUCUCCAAACUGGUGCGCUACAGGCCGUGGAGGAGUGUCAGCAUCAGUUUCGGCACAGCCGCUGGAAUUGCAGCACAACUAUUGUUGAAAAUUCUACAGAUAUUUUCGGCGGAGUAUUGAAAUUCAAAUCACGAGAGUCAGCAUUUGUACAUGCGCUUUCUGCAGCUGCGCUAGCACAUACGGUAGCACGUGCUUGCAGCCGAGGAGAACUCAACGAGUGCUCCUGCGAUGCCCGCGUGAGAAAACGCACUCCGAGACACUGGCAAUGGGGAGGAUGCUCUGAGGAUAUUAGAUACGGAGAGAUGUUCAGUCGAGACUUCAUAGAUUCUAAAGAAGACAAGAACACGAACGAAGGGCUCAUAAAUUUACACAACCACGAAGCUGGACGAAGGGCAGUACGCGGUCGUAUGCAACGUGUUUGCAAAUGUCACGGCAUGUCCGGGUCGUGUUCGGUUCGCGUGUGCUGGCGUCGACUGCCUCAGCUCAGGUUGGUUGGUGAUGUUCUCACCACCAGAUACGAAGGGGCUUCUCAUGUUAAGGUAGUAGAGAGAAAAAGAGGCAAAAAUAUAAGAAAACUAAGACCACUGCACUCUGAUAUGAAGAAACCUAAUAAAACUGAUUUGGUGUAUUUAGAAGACUCUCCUGAUUAUUGUGAACCCAAUGAGGAACUUGGCAUCCUAGGCACCCGUGGUCGUACUUGCAAUCGCACCUCUGCUGGGCUUGAUGGUUGCCGCUUGUUAUGCUGCGGUCGUGGGUACCAAACUAGGGUUCGCGAUCACGAGGAGAAAUGCAACUGCCGCUUCGUCUGGUGUUGCAAGGUUCAUUGCGAAGUCUGCCGGUUUAAAAAGGAUCAUCAUGUUUGUAAUUAAAGUCUAUUUUCCUUUGUUUAUGUAAACAAGUUGCUCGUUGCUACCUGUGUAUUAAUGAAGAAAUUUAGAUCAAACCUUCUCUUUAUAAUAUAUAUAUGUAGCCAGACGCUGGAGUUGUCAAUUCUGUCAUUAUAUUCUUUAUACGGAGAUCUUUACUUUUCUGAACAUUUUUUUAUAUAGAAACACUGACAAUUAUAAACAAUGGAAAAAGAAGAAUUGGCCUUCAGGUGCAGGCGUCCUGAUGUAAUCCGCUUACAUACAUUCAUUCGGCGAUUUAUUUUUGUUUAUGUAGAUAACAGUUUCUUGUCUAGCUAUUUCAGUUUUCAUUACAUUUUAACUCUACAGCCACCUUAGUCCAAGAUAUUAUAGAAUCUAUGUUUGUGUGAUAGAUGGCUUUGAUUUAUAGAACUACUUUACGCCUCUCCUGAAGAAGUCUAACUUAUAUUUCGAUGGAAAUUAUGAAACUGGGAGAAUAUUCCGUGACUUGAUGGCUUGUAUAAAUCAUAAAGACCUCUAAUUAGUGCUAAUCCACUUACUGCUUAGAAAUAACACUGAAAAGUAUGUGUCUAUAUUCAAUUGGUAAUACAAAACAAUUUGUUGACAAUAUAUUUGUAAUAAUCAGGGGCGGAUCUACCUAAGGGCUUUUUGGGCUGGAGCCCAGGGUCCCGAAUCGAUAUUUAGAAUAUAAAAAAAUAUCUAAAAUGUUAAAAAACCUAUCAUAAGGUUAGCAACCAACCCAUGCAAGUGCGCUUCUAUCAAAACAAAUGGGGAAUUUCUGGUCGCUUGUUUUUGGUCUGUGUAUUUUUUUAGUUAAGUAAUUUAAUUAGGUAGGCCCCUAAGUAGAUUUAGCCCAGGGCCCCACAAAUUCACGAUCCGCCCCUGGUAAUAAUUAUAAAAAAUCGACGAUUGUCUCCAUAUUCCAGAGAAAUGUUAUAUGUAUUUGCUAAUAAUAUUGAAAAUGAAUAAUAAGCGUGUUAACGUAUCUUAAUAUAUAAUGUAUGUUUCCGUCGCAAAUAAAUAUACUCGUAACUUGAUAUCAUGAAAACGAAUUCUUGCCAAUAUUUCAUGAAGCAAUAUAUAUGGAUUGUUAUAAUUUUAGGUAAUAUUAGUUUCUUUUGUGGUGAAGAAUAGAAAUGUAGCAUUUACUUUCAUUUGUUGUUCUUUCCUGGCAAUACUAUGUAAUAUGGCGAAAAAGCGAUAGCUUGUUCUUUAAACGAAUAUAAAGAAGUUUAGAAAUAUAACGAAUAAUCUAUUUUAUCUGUCUAAAUAGUUACGUAUCUUUCUAUUUAUUUAAUUAAUUGCCUAUACUAUUGUAUUAAAAUAAAAAUAUCUCUUUUAAUUUAACAGACUGAUUUAGUUAGUGCUAGAGUUAUAAAAAACUUAAUAUUAGCUUGUAUUUUUCUGAACAUAAGCUUUAAAAAUAUAUACAGUAUUACUAACUUAUUUUAUUUUAUGUUGUUUCAAUGUACAAAAAUUUGUAAAUAAGCAUUUGUUAAUAGAAAUCUAAUUAGUGAUUUUAAUUGUAAUGCAAAAUUAAUGCGAACUAGUGUAGUAGGUACGUAAUUUUAUUUAUAUAUUAUAAUAAAUGUAAAUACCUAUCUAUAAUCACGUACUUAAAUAAUAGGAAUGUUAUAAUUUUAUUUUCUACCUCAUGGAAAUAAUUUUCAUUAAAGCCAUAUUGAUAUCAAUGAAUUGAUAACAGUAAUGAUGAUGCUCUUUUAUGAUAAGUGUCUAUAAGUCGUGAUAGAUGUAAAUAUAAACUAGCUACAUAGGAAUAUAGUGUUAGUUAUUUAUUGUAUUAGAUUUGUGAUAGAGUUAUUCCUUUUAGUAGUACUUGAUAAAAUACAGUAGUUUUUCAUACAUGCUUAUGAAACUGGAAUUUUUAAAUAUAGAACGUCAAGGGAGAUUCUUUGUAUUACAUUCUCCUUCAUGACCUUAUGACUAUAAAUGGUUACAAUAAUUAUAUAUUACAAUGAAAUUUAUAAGAAAUCAGUUGGUGUUUGUGAAGAAAAUGAUGUGUGCGUUAGUUGGUAAUUGUGUUCAUCAUAACAUUUCCCUGCCGUACGAUUGUAAAAUGUAAAAUCUCGCAAUUAAUUGUAAAUAUUAUUAAUAAUGUAAAAUAACAUCUUUUUAAAAUCGUCUUCGUGUCUGUCAUAGUAUAGAUGUAUAAUGUCAAAUUAUUAACUGAUAAAAGUUCUAUUACAUAAUAUGUCAGUAAAACAAUACAGUUUACUAAAACAUUUAUAGGUACAUCGUAAUAUAUCGGUAAUAUGUUUUUUUAUUAAAAAUAAUGUAAAGAAAAUACACUUAUUAUUGAAUAUUUUUUUCGAUAUCUUGGUGAAAUGGUAAUAAUAUUGGUGAUAAUUGCUAUUAAUUACUAUCAAAACAGUAGGAUAUUGUGACAACAAUGAAUGCAACCCCAAUAUUUACCAAUUUUCGAUAUGACAUGUAUUACUCGAUGUAAAUGAAAUAAAAUAAAUGUAUUAGGAAGAA